GCCUCCUUCCGGGGGGUGCCUCCUGCCGCCGGCCCUGCGCGCGAUGGCCGCCACGGGCUCUGUGGAGGCGGCGCUGCAGGUGGCGGAGGCCUUGGAGACCAUCGUGAGCCGCUGCUUGGGGCCCGAGGGGCGGCAGGUUCUGUGUACGAAGCCCACCGGCGAGGUGCUGCUGAGCCGGGACGGAGGCCGCCUCCUGGGGGCGCUACACCUAGAGCACCCCGCAGCCAGGUUGGUGGUGGCCUAUGUUUCCAGUCAUCUAAGAAAAACAGGAGAUGGUGCUAAGACGUUCGUUGUCUUCCUUUGUCAUUUACUUCGAGGACUUCACGCAAUGACGGACGGAGAACAGGAUUCUUUGGCCUCCAAACACAUGCAGACCCAUAGAAGACAUUGGAAAAAUUGUUGUCGGUGGAAAUUGAUUUCGCAGUUUCUUCUAACGUUUCAGACACACCGAUUAGAUUAUAUUGUGGACCAUUACCUAAGCAGGCACUUUGGGUCCAUCUUUUCUUCCUCCACUAAAGAGAGAACGUUGUGUAGGAGCUCUCUAGAGUCGCUCUUAGCAGCGUACUUUGGUGGGAGAGUGGGGAGAAAUAAUCGUGACUUUAUGUCACGGUUGACGUGCGACUACUUUUUCAAAUGUAUGGCCCGUGAACGUGGGUCCGAAGAAGUGUUGGACCUGGUGGAUGACUAUUUUGUAGAGCUGAGUGUUGGUGUCACCGGCCUCCCCGUCUCGGAUUCCAGGAUCACUCCCGGGCUUGUGCUUCCUAGAGACUUUUCCGUAUACCGUCCAGCAGAUGGUGACAUAAGAAUAGUGAUAGUAACAGAGACCGUUCAGCCUCUCUUUUCGACUUCUGGAUCAGAGUUUAUUUUGCGUUCGGAAGCACAGUUUCAGACAUCUCGGUUUUGGAUUAUGGAAAGGACGAAAGCAAUAAUGAAACAUUUACAGAGUCAGAAUGUAAAAUUGCUCCUGUCUAGUGUGAAGCAACCGGACUCAGUUAUUUAUUACUCGGGACUGGCCGGCAUAUCGGUGGUGGAGUGUUUAUCCCCUGAAGAAGUCUCUCUCAUCCGGAGGAUCACUGGUCUCUCUCCCUUGGCACUGCCACAUGCCUCUUCACAGGAUGAAAUCUGUAACACUGUUUUGGUGAAAUUCUGUAAGCCUCUUACCUUUAGAUCCAAAAGGUAUGUUCACCUUGGUGUGAUUAGCACCUCUUCGUUUAUACCACACUGUGUAGUACUUUGUGGACCAGUGCAGGGUCUCGUGGAACAGCACAGAGAUGCCUUACAUGGAGCAUUUAAGAUGCUUCGACAGUUACUUAAAGACCUUGAUCUAAAUUACCUGAUACAGACCAGUGAUCAAAAUCAUACAUCAAGUCCUCUUGUUUAUAAUGAAAGUGAUCCAUUGCCAGAAGUUGUUAAUGGCUCAAUACAGAGGCCACGUCAGGACACAGUGUUAAGAAACAAAAGUAAACCAGCAAAAACUCAAACAUAUUCAGAUUUGGUAGUUCCAAGUGUAGAAUUAGAAACGUGUAUUAUUCCAUGUUCAGCACCAAAAGUGACACCAACAGGUACCUACCAAACGGAUGAAACACUGAGGUGUUUCUCUCCAACCAAAACCAGGAUAAAUGGUGACAAUGAGCCAUUUAUUGAGAGCAAUUCUGCUAAUUCAACAGAAAACACUAGAAGAGAAAUUUCUUACGAAAAUUUACAAAUCACAAAAAUUCCUGGGAAGGGAAACCUGUUGCCAGUGAGAGAGAAGACCCUGGAGAUCUGUGCUGCCCAGGGUCACUGCUUCUCCACUAUACCAGCAGGUUGUGUUUUGCCAGUGGGUGGUAAUUUUGAGAUCUUGUUACACUACUAUCUUCUCCACUAUGCCAAAAAAUGUCAGCAGUCAGAAGAAACCAUGGUUAGCAUGAUAAUAGCUAAUGCUCUUUUAGGCGUUCCUAAAAUCCUGUAUAAGUCUAAGAAGGGAAAUUGCAGCUUUCCACAAAUAUAUGUAAGAACUCUCCAUGCACUGCAAACCCAUCAACCCAUGGUAAGCAGCCAGACAGGUUUGGAAUCAGUAGCUGGUAAAUACCAAUUACUAACUUCAGUUCUUCAGUGUUUAACAAAAAUUUUAACCAUUGAUUUGGUCAUCAAUAUUAAGAGACAGCCUCAGGAAAUUUAUGAUCAAGAUUCAGAAGAAGAAGUAUAAAAUUGGAGGCUUUUUAUUAACCAAACUUUUAAUCCAACUCAAGCCAUAAAGUGAAGAAGGAUGUGACCACUGAUUCGCAAAUCCAUUCGGUCUAGUUAGGAAAACAUCAAAACUUGGAAAGUCUUGGGAAGAAGUACACUGAGAGGCUAGCAGGCAUUCAGACACAAAUACUGGACGUUACGGACCGGUUCUGAGGAAGAAGCCCUUCCACACGGGGGAAGCCAGGAUCUGAGCAAGUGUGAGCCUUGCCCUUACAGGUUCCGGUCUCAGCUCAGUGUCAGUUCAUGUAUACACAGGAGGGUGUUCCGUUACAGCUCUGUUUUACUUUUCUGUAUCUUUUGUCACUUCUCUUCAUUUGUCUGCGCCUUUUUGUAUUUAGUUCAUAGAAUCAUUUAAUCUGAGAUUUGGAUGGGGCCUUCAGAUAUCAUCCUAUUUUAAUAACGAUAUAUAGUUUUCCCUUCAUUUAAAGUAAUAAUUUCUAAAGCAAAGAAUAAGUCUUGAUUUUUUUCUCAAGCAUAUAAAUCAAAUUAACUUUUACUUUUAUAUGUCCCCUAUUUGUUUCUGUUUUAUGUAGAAAAGCCUAGAUGUAUUUUUUUCACAAUCUGUGCACCACUGAAUAUGUAAUGAGAAAUACGACUUUGUGCACUGUAAACUUAUUUUCAUUUCUGUAGUUAAAAGUUAGUUUCAGGGCAGCCCGGGUGGCUCAGUGGUUUGGUGCCACCUUCAGCCAAGGGUGUGAUCCUGGAGACCCGGGAUCAAGUCCCACGUCGGGCUCUCUGCAUGGAUCCUGCUUCUCCCUCUGCCUGUGUCUCUGCCUCUCUCUCUCUGUGUCUCUCAUGAAUAAAUAAAUAAAAUCUUUAAAAAAGAAAAAGUUAGUUUCAGAAAGGUUAUGAGGUGCAUACUAUUAUUUUCUCCUGUCCCUUAAUUGCUUGUAAAAAUAAUUCAUGUGGUUGGUGACUGUUCUUGUAUUUGGUGCAUAGCCAAACAGUAGUAAUAAAAAGUUUGAAAAUUAUUUAUUUCUAAUGUGAAUUUUCACUAUUCACAUUUUAUUUUAAAGGUUUAUAAAUGCAAGUAAUAUUGUGCAUCUAGCUGUAGAGAAGGACAGUGUCCUCUACUUUUAGCAGUUCUCUGUAACACCCCAAUCACUGCUACAUUUAUACCAAGUAUUCAGAAGUGUAUGAAGCUGCUGCUUUUAAUCCGUUCUCUUAAAUACAUAUUUCCAUUUACAAAUUCAA